UAUAACGACAAUAGCCCGUCUGCAUGGAAAAUCGUUUUAUUACUUAACUGAUAGGCUAUGGGUUACACAGUUGUUAACUGUUUAUAUAGUAUAAUUUGGAUAUUGUUUUUGAAAGGGUACAACACAUCGCCUAAAUUGACUGUGGAUACAAACUAUAUCUUCGACAAUAGCAGCAAGACGUUAACAUGCUCAACGCCAUCCCCGCCGGAUGUUGUUAUCUGGUUCAAAACAGAGAAAGGAUCAAACAUAGAGCAAAGGGUCAUUGCUCAAGAAUGGCGGAACGAGUCAAAAUCAUGUAGAGUAGACAACAAUGCCAUGGAGUGUUUCUGCUCUUCACCACAGAAUUUUUCAUGUUCUAUAAAUAAGGUGAAUGCAGCAAACGACGGUCAAAGCUGGCGAUGUAAAACCUUUAAAAAAAAUGUGCAAACUGAAAGCGAUCUAUUCACCUUCAGAUUAAUAUUGCCUCUAACUUCCUUGACCAUUCUACCACGGACGUCGGUUGCGUACCCUGUUUUCAAUGUCGUAUCGAACUUCGUAUGCAUCACUUCAUUGAGCCGACCUGCAGCUAGAAUUCAGUGGUUCAUUGACAACAGAAACAUAACACACCUUGCUAUACAUUCGAAUAAUGAUGAUGUAGCAAGGAGUGAUUUGCAAUAUAUACCAAACGCAAACGGGUACAGUGGUGAAAAUAUAUCCUGCGUUGCGAAAUAUGAGUUCAAACACAUCAGUAAAGUUCGAACAGCUAACAUGAGCAUUCAAGUACAGUACCCCGUUUCGAACCCAAUAGUGACUGUCAACAACCGAAGUAUAUCAACUGGUUUCGCAAUACGAGAGGAUAGACUCGUUCAUUUGAAUUGUUUCUCCACCGGAUAUCCACAACCUUCUUAUAACUGGACUUACCCGGGCGGACGGUCAACCGGUGCUAUUCUGAAGUGUGCAUUCGCUCGCAAUAACGGUAGCGUGUCAUGCAAAGCAUAUAAUGUUAUGCGCACAUUGGAUGGUACAAAUAGCGCAGAGGCUAAAGAGAAGAAUAUCGCAUUAAACAUUAACGUAUUGUAUCCACCAGUCAUUACGAAGUUAUCAAGCAAUGACAAGAACGUAGACAUAAAUAAUAGCACAAUACGAUUACAGAGAGGUGACAACAUCAACACAGUCUGUACUAGUGACGCCAAUCCCCCGGCUACGGUAUUCUGGAAUGGACAACUGAGUGUUUUAUCUACAUUGACCGUCACAAGUGUACAGCAUGACGCUGUAUGGACUUGCCAAGCUAAAAACAAUAUGACUGAAUUUGAUGGAGUAAUAUCAACGUCUUCUGCAACAAGAAACAUUUCCGCGAUAGUAUUAUACUCGCCUGAGGUACAACGUCUACAGAACCAAACCGUGCUACUCAAAACUUCUCUCACAGUUUUGUGCAAUUUUACCAAUGUUGGUAAUCCACCAGCCUCCAACUUUUCAUGGAUAAGGAAGGACAAUGGCAAAGUGAUGAGUACUGGGCAAACACUUACAAUAAAAAACAUUAGAUUGACAGAUGAAGGGGAAUACCAGUGUAAUGCUUCGAACAUUAUGCAACCAAUAACUAAUGAAGUGCUAUUCGGAUUAAGUCAGUCGACAGUCUAUAUAAAUGUUAAAUACGGAGCAUAUGUACGGGUAUUCAAAGCAAAUCAAUCAAACCAAAGCAUCGUUGUUAACCAGGGUGAGACAGUAGAUCUGGUAUGUGAUGGAGAUGGUGACCCCGAGCCUGUGGUUCGUGUAAUGAAUACUACCCGUGGGAAUGAACGUAUCUUAGUUGAAAUAAAAGGAAACGAAGCUAAAUAUCACAUUCAACAAGCAAACUGUGAAUAUGAUAUUGGAAACUACACAUGUUCGGCAAAAAAUCAUUAUAACGAAGGGAGACAGUUGCUGGCACUUUUCGUUUACUGCUCGCCUAGAACAUCGCCAUUUUCUCCCCCGGUUACAACAUUGUACAGAGCGCCUAACGACACUGUGUUGUUCACAUUCACAAUAAUUGCCUAUCCUAAGCCGACUUCACAAGAUAUCGUUUGGUACAAGCGGAAUGCUGAUAGUUGGAGGUUGUUAUCCGAUGACACCAACUCUGUGGUCGCAAUCUCUGAUGAUAGCGUGCAGACACAGCUGAAAAUAUUCCAUGUGCAACUUAAAGAUUAUACCGACUACAUGGUGAACGUUUCUAACAGAUGGGGUUCAACAGUGGAAGUGUUUACUUUAAAAGCGCAAACAAAACCGGAAGUUCCGAAAGAAAUACAAGUAAGCAGAACAGGACAAACGGAACUGAUUAUCGAAUGGAUCCCUGGUUUCAAUGGCGGAAAAAGUCAAACAUUUACUAUCAGGUACAAAGCAUUAUCUGAUGGAAGCUGGAUGUUUAUUCCCAUAAACAUUUCUCACUAUAUUUGGACAAUCGAUGGGUUAAAGUCUGGAACGACAUACCAAAUUCAAAUGAUGGCGCUGAACACAAUAGGACAGUCGGAUUGGACACAAGAAAUAAACAUAACUACACUGUUUGAUGCAGUUAUAGUUGAUAAGAGAUCGACUUCAUCUGCUAUUUGGGGCUUGAUAGGUGGUGCUGCAGGAGUGGUCAUUAUCGUUGCCGUUCUAGUUGUUAUAUGGAGACACAGGACACGAGGACUAAUCACAACAAAACAUUGCCCAACGAAAAGGACCUCGUUCAUAAAGUAUGAGGAUCUUAUCCGAGGCCAGGGCAACAACGAUGCCUCAACAACCGAUGGAAGUUAUGCAACCUGUAGAAUCGACCCAUCACACCCCCGUAAUGCCAAUCAGAUCAUAACACUUGUGGAGCUUGAAAGUCGUGAUUACUCGAUUUCGUCGGCGUGUAAUGCUCAAAGAGACAAUACUACAUCUGCACAGAUAUCGGGUCAAACUGAUGUUUCAAUGACCGAUCCGGAAUACGUAAAUUUACAGUUGUUCCCUUAUUGACUGUCGCAUUUGUAUAUAUAUAUAUAUAUAAUGAGUUUUGUAACAGUCGUGUCGGAACGCUUUUAUGUAUUUCCAUUUGAGUUUUAUGAUGAAAAAUCGAUGUUACAUAUUGCCUAUAUAUGUAAUCUUAUGUUUUAUUAUGUCCUUAGUGUUUUUCUAAAUAAUAUAUGCAAAUGGCCAUGUUGAUUU